AUGAAUUGUGACGCACUUUGGAUGUCACAGAAUGAAGGAUAUAUGGGACGUCAAGAGGAUAAACAACAACUAGCAGCAUUAAAUGACAAGUUUGCUUAUUACACAAGUAAAGUAAUGCUGAUGGAAGCUGAUGCU